GCGGCUGUGUAGCAGCAGCAGUACAACUUCGAGAUAACAGGACUCUGGAGUGUAGCACUGACACAUUGCCAUGGUGUUCAGCUGGAGCCUCACUAUAGUUUUGUUGCCCGCACUUUUUUAACCAGAUGGCCUGUUAGUUUUGAAACUGACCUCAAGGUUCAAGGUGGUGUAGUUCCGGGGGACAGCAGGGACGCAGUGAGUUCCAGCAUGUCGCCCUUCCUGAGAAUCGGCUUCUCUAACUUCGUGCUGGACCCGGGCCUGGCGUACCAGGAGGAGGCGCUCAACCCGCUCUGCGCUGUGUACAUGAAGGAGGCCGUGGAGACAGAGAAAGGGCAGGUGUACAAACAGAAGAAGCCCACCAUGUACCCCCCGUGGAGCGCCACGUUCGACGCCCACAUCCACCGGGGCCGCGUGAUGCACGUGGUGGUGAGCGACAAGGCCGCCGACCUCAAGACCGAGGCCACCGUGCAGCUGGACACCCUGGCCACCCGCUGCAAGAAGGAGAACGGCCGGCUGGAGAUCUGGGUGGAGCUGAGGCCUCAGGGUCGCAUGCUGAUGGAGGCGCGGUACUUCCUGGAGAAGAGCGAUGCUUCGGGGCACAGCGACGGAGAGGGGGACGGGGAGAGGGAGGGGCUCUUCGCCCUGCACCACCGGAGGGGGGCCAUUAAGCAAGCCAAGGUCCACGUGGUGAAGUGCCACGAGUUCACUGCCACCUUCUUCCCCCAGCCCACCUUCUGCUCCGUCUGCAAGGAGUUCGUCUGGGGCCUGAAUAAACAAGGGUACCAAUGCAGACAGUGCAACGCUGCCAUCCACAAGAAGUGCAUAGACAAAGUGAUCGCCAAGUGCACGGGCUCGGCCGUCAACAGCAAGGAGACCAUGAUACACAAGGAACGCUUCAAGAUCGACAUGCCGCACCGCUUCAAAGUGUACAACUACAAGAGCCCCACCUUCUGUGAGCACUGUGGCACGCUGCUGUGGGGGCUGGCCAGACAGGGGCUCAAGUGUGAGGAGUGCAGCAUGAACGUCCAUCACAAGUGUCAGAAGAAAGUAGCCAACCUGUGUGGAGUCAACCAGAAGCUGAUGGCAGAGGCGCUGGCUAUGAUCGAGAGCACACAGCAGGCUCGAAGCUCUCGAGACUGUGACAUCAUCACGCGGGAGGGCCCGGUGGGCGUCGGCCAGCCCGGAGUGGUCAGGGAGCCGUCGGGGUGCGCCCCGUCCCUCCCCUCAGCGGCCUCCAUGGCGCGGAAAGAGCUCCAGGGAAUCUCGUGGGAUUACCCGGGUGAAGGGGAGCCUCCCAUGUCCCCCCCCCCAGAACCCACGUACGCCGUGCCCCGAAAAGAGCAGCACAAGUUCACCAUCGACAACUUCACCCUGCACAAAAUGCUGGGGAAAGGCAGCUUCGGCAAGGUGUUCCUGGCAGAACUCAAGAGCUCUGGCCAGUUCUUCGCAGUGAAAGCCCUGAAGAAGGACGUGGUUCUUAUGGACGACGACGUGGAGUGCACCAUGGUGGAGCGGAGAGUCCUGUCCCUCGCCUGGGAGCAUCCUUUCCUCACACACCUGUACUGCACCUUCCAGACCAAGGAAAACCUCUUCUUUGUGAUGGAGUACCUGAAUGGGGGUGAUCUGAUGUUCCACAUACAAAACUGCCACAAGUUUGACACCCAAAGAUCAACGUUUUAUGCUGCUGAAAUCAUUUGUGGCCUACAGUUUCUCCAUUCUAAAGGCAUCAUAUACAGGGACCUGAAGCUCGACAACAUCCUGCUGGACAUCGACGGACACAUAAAGAUCGCGGACUUCGGGAUGUGCAAGGAGAACAUGACGGGAGACGUGAAGACAUCCACCUUCUGCGGGACUCCAGACUACAUCGCUCCUGAGAUCCUGCUGGGACAGAAGUAUGGGACCUCGGUGGACUGGUGGUCCUUCGGGGUGCUGCUGUACGAGAUGCUGAUUGGUCAGUCUCCCUUCCACGGGCACGACGAGGAGGAGCUCUUCCAGUCCAUCCGUACGGACGACCCCUUCUACCCGCGCUGGCUGCCCAAGGACUCCCGCGAUAUCCUCAUCAAGCUCUUCGUUCGAGAGCCGGAGAGGAGGCUCGGGGUGAAAGGGAACGUCCGGCAGCACUUGUUCUUCAGGGAAGUGGAUUGGACCGCCCUGGAGAACCGACAGGUGGAGCCGCCCUUCCGACCCACAGUGUCGUCUCCGAGCGACUGCAGCAACUUCGACAAGGAGUUCAUCAACGAGAAGCCCAGACUGUCCUGCGCGGACCGCACCCUGAUCAACAGCGUUGACCAGACCAUGUUCAACAACUUCUCCUUCGUCAACCCCAGAAUGGACCGUAACAAGAUCCCCUGAAGUGUCCUAGCGCGCCUAAGAUGGCUCCUCUACAGCCCAUUAGUCAGCCACUGUGUGACGAGUACUGGAUGGAUGAUCACCAUUGUUCAUUGACUCUUAAUUCAUUCAUUAAUCGAUGGGGGGCACAGGAUCCCGAUUGUAACUGCAGCAGAGAAUUGACUGUCCAGAAAUCGCCCGCUUCCACAGGAAGGAACUUUACGAUCCAGGAUUGAGUAGAGACCAUCGAGAACCUCGAAAACGUCUCAGCAUACGUAAUCAACAGAUGAGCCAUUGAAUGAAAUCCGCUUCUAGUCGAAUCCCGAUUUUGGGGGGUGGUCUGUGACUGUCGGCAAUACUGUACGAGAGGGAUGCCAGCUCAACAAACUGAAAAAAAUUCUCUUUUCGCCCUGAGAUUAGCUUUGAAUUAAACACUGGCAUUUGCAUCGUUAUUCCACAGAAAUGCCUUUUGUAAGUCAGUGAAGGAGAACCAGUUACAUUCCAGGCGUUAUACGGAGGGUUAAAAUGAAGAACAGUGGGAGAGAUGUAGCACAUCAUGUCCAGAAUCCCCCCCCCCUCCCUAAUCACCCCCCAAGCCCAUUUUUUUGAGUCCCAAAAUGUAACACGUGCAUUAAAAUAGAUGUGAACGAUGUUGUGUAACUGUUAUGUUUUGUAUGUCAACAAACCACGAAGAACAACCACGGAGAUAGUAUUUCCAGAAACCUCUAACCUGGAAUGGAUUGUAAUUCGGUCAGCUUACCUGACUAACACUGAAUUAAAUAAAUUGAUGUAAAUCUUU